GUAGGUCUUUGGCCAUGAACCCCAUCCAGAGACCUGAGAUGUACAUCAUCGGCGCUCAGCCGGUGUGCAGCCAGCUGCCGGGGCUCUCCCCCGGGCAGCGCAAGCUCUGCCAGCUCUAUCAGGAGCACAUGGUGUUCAUCGGGGAAGGGGCCCGCAGUGCCAUCAAGGAGUGCCAGUACCAGUUUCGGCAGCGGCGGUGGAACUGCAGCACGGUGGACAACACCUCUGUCUUUGGGCGGGUCAUGAAAAUAGGGAGCCGAGAGACUGCUUUCACCUACGCUGUCAGCGCGGCGGGGGUGGUGAACGCCAUCAGCCGGGCGUGCCGCGAGGGAGAGCUCUCCAGCUGCGGCUGCAGCCGCACCGCCCGCCCCAAGGACUUGCCCCGAGACUGGCUGUGGGGCGGCUGCGGGGACAACGUGGAGUACGGGUAUCGUUUUGCCAAGGAGUUUGUGGAUGCCAAGGAGAGGGAGAAGAACUACGUGAGAGGGUCGGAGGAGCAGGCUCGCAUGCUGAUGAACUUGCAGAACAAUGAGGCUGGUCGCAGGGCUGUGUACAAGCUGGCGGACGUGGCCUGCAAGUGCCACGGCGUGUCGGGCUCCUGCAGCCUCAAGACCUGCUGGCUGCAGCUGGCUGACUUCCGCAAGGUGGGCGACCUGCUGAAGGAGAAGUACGACAGUGCCGCUGCCAUGAGGAUCAGCCGCAAGGGCAAGCUGGAGCUGGUGAACAACCGUUUCAACAUGCCGACGCAGGAGGACCUGGUCUAUGUCGACCCCAGCCCGGACUAUUGCCUGCGCAACGAGACCACUGGCUCUCUAGGCACCCAGGGCCGACUGUGCAACAAGACCUCAGAGGGCAUGGAUGGGUGUGAGCUGAUGUGCUGUGGGCGGGGCUAUGACCAGUUCAAGAGCGUCCAGGUGGAGCGUUGCCACUGCAAGUUUCAUUGGUGCUGUUAUGUCAAGUGUAAAAAGUGCACAGAGAUUGUUGACCAGUAUGUCUGUAAAUGAAAGGAGCCACCAAAGCAACAAAUCUAUAUUAUAUAAAUCUAUAUAAAUAUAUUUUAUAUUUGUAUAAAUAAACAGAUGAUGAUAAUAAUUAAAGAUGCUUAUUUAAGAGACAUUUUGGUUUUGAAAUUCC